AUUGGAAGUAAUCCAACGGAUGAGAGAAAAACCCUAAACACAUCAAAACCAGUUGCCCGCAUUUCUCUUUCCAUUCUUCCCCAUUUGCAUCUCUCGCCGUCUGGAGAACGCGGUAACUCCUACAUUUCCAGGUAAUGGCUCCAAAACAGCCAAACACAGGUCUUUUUGUUGGCCUGAACAAGGGUCACAUUGUCACCAAGAAGGAGUUGGCUCCUAGACCAUCUGACAGAAAAGGGAAAACCAGCAAAAGAGUUCACUUUGUGAGGAGUCUCAUCCGAGAGGUUGCCGGAUUUGCUCCCUACGAGAAGAGAAUUACCGAGUUGUUGAAGGUUGGCAAGGACAAGCGAGCCCUGAAAGUUGCUAAAAGAAAGCUUGGAACACACAAGAGGGCAAAGAAGAAGAGAGAGGAGAUGUCAAACGUACUCAGGAAGAUGAGGUCUGCCGGAGGUGCCGAGAAAAAGAAGUAAUCUUCCUUGAAAGCUUGAUAGUUUUAUGGUAGUAUGACUUUUAUUGCUCUAUUAGACUUUUGAAAGUUCAAUUAAAAUUUUGCUAUCCUUGUUAAAAUAUGAAUUCUUGCUGAUUUACUAUAAAUGAAUGUGGGAUUUCAAAGUUUUGUUCACUGUGA